AUGAUGAUGUCUCGACCUUUAUUAACAAAAAAGGCAUGGAGCGACUACGAAUGUAAAUCAACACUAUCUACUAAUUCCCAUACAUUACACGGUCAAUUUUUCUUAUUACAAACUCCAGCCUUUACAGAAUCUUCUUAUGUUACUUCUCCUUCUCAAUCUUUUACGAAUUCUAUUUUGAGAUUUCAAGAGGAAAGUGAAUAUAACUGGAACAAAUGGGAGGAUUCAUUUGUUGAUAUCAACCACGAUACAGUAGCGAUGGAAAAUGAUAUCACGGGGCAUCUUUCCAGGGCAGCUUCAGCCGCCUCAAUGAGGAGUCAACGGUCGCAGACAGUACGCGGAAAGUCACGAAGGUUGGCUUCGCAAAUAUCGAGUUCCGCAUCAUCGAUAUCGGAUAAAUCAUUAACUUCAUUCCCCUCAUUCUCGGGUGAUUCGCCAACACAAGAACGAUCCCACUUCAUACUACCUACAAACGAUGGAAUCGCGAAUCGAAAAGCUUCUGCAGCAGCUUCAAUCGUCGAUAGCUUAACUACAUCCUCCCCUUCUUUGCACAGUCGUUCUGCCUUGUUCGACGAUGCACCAUUAGGCUCCUCUCAAGUACCUGGGUCAGUGCAUCAUGCAAACGAUGAACAUAUUGAGAGAUUGAUAGCAAGGAACGGAGCUAUCAAGUUGGUCAGACAAAUUGCAGAGGAUUUGGCUCGACGAGAUGCGCAAAUAGCUGCUCUCAGACGCAAAGCAGAAGAAAGAGAGAGAUCAUUGAGAAAGAUUAUUUUGGAAUGCGGUUUAUCGAACCUGGAUUUAGAAACUCGUCUGCGAGCCAUCGAAGGCGAACGAAAACUCUCGGGUGCCCCAGCUCCACCAAGCGAAUCUGCGUUAGAGGAUCUAAUGAAUGAUGCUAUGAGUGAAACAGUGGUCGCAGGUGAAUUGGAUAGUUUGGAAAAUGAUGCCACAAUACGUGCCAAAGAGCCCUCGCCAGGCAAAUCAAAUACCGGAACGUCAAGAGGAUGGAAGGAUUACAUUUGGGGUGGGACAAGUAAGACAAGUCGUACAAACAGCCGGGCAAGCAGCAUAAAUGGGGAUGUGAUCGUCAACGGCGGAACCGCUCAUGCGCGUAGUGGGGGUCCAGGUCGACGCACAAUUCUGCAAAAUGAUAUUUUCCACCCACCAGAUGCAGUGUCCUCCUUGGAAAAUUUGAGCCGACCUCCUAGCAGUGGAUCAAUUGCUGGCAAUAGGCAAAGGAAACAAUCUAGUCUAGCAACUUUGGCACUAAAGCUUGUUGCUGGUACAGCGACUGUUCGUGAUCCGGAUGGUAAAGCAGAUCGUGGCAGAUCUAACAGUACCGAAACCGAACCAUCAGGUCGUACUCCGUCUAGAACUAGUACCAAAUCCACAACGUCUGCUCGGGCGGUACCAAAGAUGAACCCUAGAACCAUUCGCAAUCCUACCCCAUUGACACAAAAUACGACUGUUGCUGCACAGGAGAGGUGGGAUACCAUGGGAUCUAGUCCACAGGGCUCUAGUACCACGGUUAGGGAGAAUUUUGGACCUGUCGAGAUGGAUACAAUUUUAGCACCAGAAGACCAGCCACCAACCUUGAUGCAAUAUAGAAACUAUAAUAAUCCAGAUUUUCUGACUGACCGAUUUGGAUUUAUAUAUGAUCAGCGACGCAAGAAAAGGCAAAGAGAAGCCGCUGAAAGGAUGCGAAAAGGAAAGAGAGGUAGUCGCGUAGAGAUGCUUAGUGGUGGGAGGAGUAGCACUAUCUCUGCGGCAGUGACUGAAGGCGAUGAUGUCGAUGAUCCUCGGCCUGGUUCGCCCGGGUCCACAGCGACUGACGACAAGGUUGAUGAUGAAGAUAAGCCAGUCAAACGUUGGCAAGACUAUCUCAAAAUAGCAACAUUUCCCACAGAACUGUUAGCUCAUACACCAUCGGGUAGCAUGCCUGCCUUUGAAGUCAUGGAAGGAGGCGAGGUGCCAAGAUCUCCUGGAAUAUUAACCGAAGAAAGAGGAUUUGUUCCUCUGGCGACUACAUCAGCCCCUGCAUUGUCUAUCGCAUCAGAUGCCGCCACAAUUUCCAAGCCUACACCCUCAACGAAUUCUACACCAGAUCCUACACCAGAAGAUACUGAGCCUGUGAAGCUAUUGCUACAACAACUGGGCGAAGUUCAUGAUUCCCUUCAAAGAGACAAAACAGUACGAUGGAACGAUUUCCUUCGCAAAGUCAGAGCCGAACGUAAACGUGAAGGAGAGGCUGCUGCUGCCGCUCUUGCCUUAAAUACAGAUUCACGGUCCCAUCGACCUAUACCAGUCAUGCCUGAAGCAAGCUUAGCAGAUGGAGAAAUGAUUGGUGUUUCUGGUUUGGGCAAUAAAGGAAAGGUUGGCCGUGCUAAGUGGAAUGAGUUUAAAAAUCUAGUCCUUGGUGGUAUUCCAGUAGCAUACAGAGCCAAAAUUUGGGCCGAGUGCUCUGGAGCUUCUGCAAUGCGCAUCCCAGGCUACUACGAUGAUUUGAUAGCUCGUAGUGAGGAAGAUGAUGAUCCGGUAGUUGUUGCUCAAAUUCAAAUGGAUAUCAAUCGUACGUUGACGGAUAAUAUUUACUUUCGAAAAGGUCCCGGAGUCGCUAAGCUCAACGAGGUACUUCUAGCCUACUCGAGAAGAAAUCAUGAAGUUGGGUAUUGUCAAGGGAUGAAUUUAAUUACUGCAUGUUUAUUGCUUAUCAUGCCAACUGCAGAGGAUGCUUUCUGGGUCUUGACUAGUAUCAUUGAGCAUACCUUGCCACCUGGAUACUACGAUCACAGUCUUCUAGCUUCUAGAGCAGAUCAACAAGUCUUGCGACAAUACGUCUCCGAGAUCCUUCCAAGAUUAUCUCAACAUCUAGAUGACCUCUGUAUCGAGCUCGAAGCCCUCACUUUUCAAUGGUUCCUCAGUGUCUUCACUGAUUGUCUAUCGGCCGAAGCCUUAUUCAGAGUAUGGGACGUCGUGCUAUGUAUGAAUGAUGGUAGCACAUUUCUCUUCCAGGUAGCACUCGCGCUGUUGAAACUCAAUGAACAACAAUUACUUCAAUGCUCGUCGCCAGCAAAUGUUUACACGUACAUUAAUCAUCAAAUGACGAAUCAUGCGAUCAGUAUCGAUGGAUUAAUCCAUGCUUCGGAAGGUUUACGCAAAGUAGUUAAGAGAGAUGAGAUUGAAAUUAGAAGAGCAAGGGCUAUUGAGGCGGAAAAGGAUUUGGUCAAACAACGAGAGGCUAGAAAUGCAGCACGUAAAGCUGAGAGAGCUGAGAGAGCUGCGGCGUUAGGGUCGAGUCCGGAAAUUUCAAUAUCUUCGCCAACGAAGGAUAAGGAUACCGGGAGUGAUGAAUCGGCCGAAUUAACAGUUAGAUCGCCAAUGCCAGUGAAUGAUGACGUGGAUUAG